AAUCAUACUGAACGUUUAGAUCUCCUAAACGUGAUUUUAAAAUAUCAAAUAUAAUAACAAGUAGUUUUAAUUAAAUUUUUAACAAGUAAUUAAUUGUGUUUAAACUUGUAUAUAUUAUUUAAAAUCCAUUAUAUAUAGCAAAUAGUUUAAUUAUAUACUGAGAACAUAGAAUGCUAUAACAAAACGCUUUGAUCAGUCUAAGUUUUUUGGGGUAAAAUUGAUGAGACUAACGGGAAAAUAAAUAAAUUAAUUGAUUAAAGAGUUUAUAAACAAAUAUACAUACCGUACGAACCAAUUAAUAUUGAUAGUAUAUAUACGGUUGUCUUGUCAAGAAAAAUGCCUGUGUUUCUUUUGAUGAAUGGCUUAGAAAAGAUGAUGAGAACAUAGAAUGCUAUAACAAAACGCUUUGAUCAGUCUAAGUUUUUUGGGGUAAAAUUGAUGAGACUAACGGGAAAAUAAAUAAUUUAAUUGAUUAAAGAGUUUAUAAACAAAUAUACAUACCGUACGAACCAAUUAAUAUUGAUAAUAUAUAUACGGUUGUCUUGUCAAGAAAAAUGCCUGUGUUUCUUUUGAUGAAUGGCUUAGAAAAGAUGCGAUCAAGGAGCAUAGAACUUUCCAUUUUUGGAAAAUAUUCGACGGCGAAUACUUUUUCUUUUUUAGAUUUCCAGCCAAAAACCAAAGCGUGCAAACUAUAACACGGCGGACAAUUAAUGUUCCAUGUGCUAUACUACAUAGGAUCCCUCUAAGUGUUUAACUCAAUACAAUUGUAUGUACAGGCUAAAAAAAUGUUUUUUGAAAGAAAAUAUUUCAUAAUCUAAAAUAACAUAAAAUUAUAUAACUUGUUCCAUAAUGAAUACAUACAUAGUCACGUAGAUCAUUCGGAUUUGGCAACUCUUCUUAUCAUGCGCAUAAUCAACCUCCAAAAUUAGUUAGAUAUUGACUAUAAUUUUUUUUUUGCUAAAAUGUUUAACUAUAACUUGGACUAGAACAAAGAAAUAACAAAAAAAAAAAUUGGUGACCCUAUGUGUCGACAGUAAAUGUAACUGUCAAGUCUUUGGUGCAUGUACACCUCUUGCGCACUUUCAAAAGAGGCCUAUAAGAAUCCAUUCUAACUUUAAAAACUAGCUAUAUAUAUGUGACCAUGUUCUAACAUUAGUGAGCGGCCAGUCACACGGUUUUUGUAAGGUACUCCACCAUUCGAUCCUUCUUAAAUUUCACACUUCUGAUCUCUUGUUUUUGUGAGAAGCAAGCAACCACUUAAGCAUACCCUUUAAAGGGUUCUAUAGGUUUAAGAUCUUUUACUAAUUAAAAUCCAAAGUUCUCAGUGAUGGUGAAUCGCGGUUGUUCGACCACAGUUUUAUCAGGUUUUCUUAUAAUUCUUCUGGUGAUACAACUACACUUUGAGACUACAACUGGAGCUCGACAUGCGCCGGUUGUUUCCUGGUCACCACCUGAGCCGCCUAAAGAUGAUUUUGUGUGGUAUCACAAGAUCAACCGCUUCAAGAACAUCGAACAAGAUGCGUUCAGACCAACUCACCAGGGCCCUAGUCAAGGUAUCGGACACAAGAGCCCUCCUGGAGCUUCUUAAAAUACCCAUUUGGUUUUGGUGAAAUUUACCGCUUUGUCGCUUAGAGUUCGCGUCUGUGUGUUUGAUAUUUUUGUGUGCCUUUAUUACGUUAUGGUAGAAGAAGAAGAAGUUGCAUACCAGUUUCUUGUUGAGAGGAAAUGAUUUCAGGAUUUUUUUUUUUCAAAGUGAUACUUCGUCCUUUAUGAAAGGCUAUGAAGACAUCUCUUGGGCUGCUUAUAGUUUUUUUUUUUUGGUUGGUGUUUUUGUUCUACGUUGAGACUUGAGAUGUUCAUUCUUUUUAGUCGAUAUGUAGUAAUUUUUUCGGUUUAAAAUAAAGUUAAUAAUUAAUUCCAUUAAUCUUUUUAGCCACGAACAGUUAAAUGUUUGUUUUAACUUAUAGAAAUUUUAAUUUUAUAGCCACAA